CACUCUUGAUUUAACGUGUUCAGGAAGUAGCUGUCAAAGACGUGGAAGCUGACAGAUUUUUUAAAAAUUGACAUUUAUUAAGGACUUCUCAAGAAAGUCAGGCUUAUCUGUCACUUAAUUCUGGCUGACGCUGUUGCAUUGAUCGAACUUUACAUAGCUGUUAUGCUAAUUUCGUUGUCUUGGAUAAUUUAUUCCAUUUUCGUCUCUAGACCUCUGAUGGUACUACAGAAUCCGCUGAAGCACUGAAACACUGACAAGAAAGCCCAAGCACUUCAGCAGCAGAGAGCAUUGGGUAACGGAAUGUGUUGUGAUCAGCAUCCUUCUAAGGUGUAGCUUUUUAGAGCCAGCAGCAAUGGACUUUUCGAAGUUUCUGGACGAUGACUUUGACGUGAAGGAGUGGGUGAACGGGGCAUUCCGGAUGGUGCAGAAGGAGGCUCCUGGGAAGGCAGAUGGGCACGCUGCCACACUGGUGAUGAAGCUUCAGCUCUUCAUUCAGGAGGUCAACAACGCCAUUGAAGAGAGCAGCAACCAGGCCCUGCAGAACAUGCCCAGGGUGCUGAGGGAUGUCGAGGCUCUGAAGCAGGAGGCCUCCUUCCUGAAGGAGCAGAUGGUCCUGGUGAAGGAAGACAUAAGAAAAUUUGAACAGGACACAGUCCAGUCCAUGCAGGUACUGGUGGAGAUCGAUCAAGUGAAAUCCCGGAUGCAGCUGGCCGCAGAGGCUUUGCAGGAGGCUGACAAGUGGAGCACUCUGAGUGCGGACAUUGAAGAGACCUUCAAGACACAGGACUUGAGUGUUAUUUCCUCCAAGCUGACCAGCAUGACGAGCAGUCUGGCAAUGCUCGCAGACACCCCUGAUUACUCAGAGAAGUGUGUUCACUUAGAAGCACUGAAAAACAGACUGGAGGCUUUAGCCAGCCCACAGAUUGUUGCUACAUUUAAUUCACAGUCAACUGAUCAAGCCAAACUGUUUGUGAAAGUCUUCACAGAGAUUGACAGAAUGCCCCAACUCCUCGCCUACUACUACAAGUGUCAUAAGAUUUUUAGGAAUCCCAGCGAGGUGGUGACAGUUCUGCUGAUACAAACCCUGGGUGCCAUGGUACCCUCAAUCCCAGUGUGCCUCAGCACAACGAUAGAGCGCACAGGGCAAGAGGAGAAGCUGGAGGUGCUGCUGGAACUGUAUGAGACGGCCGCGCAUUUCGGAAAGGGGCUGGAAGCUGCCAUGUUGCCUCACCUUGGUGACCUGAACUUGGUGAAAGUGAGUGAGCUGGUCACAGCAGUGUAUGGGCCAUACAAGCAAUACCAGCUGCAGUACGGUGAGCUGGAAGAGUCCAACCUGCUCAUUCAGAUUAGUGCUGUGCCCCUGGAGCGUGGGGAGGUGAUAGAUUGUGUGCAGGAACUGAGUCACUCUGUAAACAAGCUGUUUGGCUUGGCCAAUGCGUCUGUGGACCGCUGCAUCAAGUUAACUGACGGCUUAGGCGUAUGCGGGCUGCUUCGGGCCUUGAGGGCUCUUUUUACCAAAUAUGUUUCUGAUUUUUCUACUACGCUGCAGUCUAUUAGAAAGAAGUGCAAACUGGAAGAUAUACCAAAUACUUCUCUGUUUCGGGAAGACUGGACGGCUUUUCAGAACUCAGUCAGAAUCAUUGCAACAUGCGGUGAAUUACAGAGACAAUGUGGGGCUUACGAGCAGCAGUUAGCAAACAGGAUCUUGUCCACUGCAGGGAAGCACUUGUCUGACUCCUACAGUCCCCGCACUCUUGCUGGAAUACAGGAGGCCAGCUCUGCAGACAGGAAGAGCCCCACCAGGAACCCGUGGCAAGAGUAUAAUUACUUACUGAAGGGCAGUGCGGCAGAGCAUGCCAGCCUUAUGGAGAUGCUCUAUAACCUAAAGGAGAAGGGCACCGGUAACUCCAGCCUGCUGGCAGAGCCCCGCGCGGCUCUUGCCCGGCUCAACCAGCAGGCCCACCAGCUGGCCUUUGACGCCGUCUUCCUCCAGAUCAAACACCAGCUCUCCCUCGUCCACAGGAUGGAGAGCUGGAGCUCUAGUGGCACAGGCGAGACGCUCACAGAAGACCUGCCGACGUUCAGCCUGUCCCCUCUGGAGUACAUCACUAAUAUUGGCCAGUACAUCAUGUCACUCCCACUGCAUCUGGAGCCCUUUGUCACGCAGGAGGACCCGGCUCUGGAGCUCGCGCUGCACGCAGGGAAGCUGCCCUUCCCCCCUGAGCAAGCUGAUGACUUGCCCGAGCUGGAUAACAUCGCAGACUAUUGGCUGGGUUCGAUUGCCAGAGCAACGAUGCAGACCUACUGUGAUGCCAUUCUCCAGAUUCCUGAACUCACCCCUCACUCAGCCAAACAGCUUGCCACCGACAUUGAUUACCUGAGCAAUGUGAUGGACGCCCUGGGACUGCAGGCAUCUCGCACGCUGCAGCAGAUAGUGACCCUCCUAAAGGCCAAACCCGAGGACUUCAGACAGACAGCCAAACCCCUUCCCCGAAGACUGUCAUCCGCUGUUGCAGCCAUGAGGAAUCUGGAUUACUGAACUAUAGGAGCUUGGUGCUGCUUUGCAGCUGAAACCCCAUAACAUUUCCUGGGCCAUCACCUCCUUGCUGUGUACAGUUCGGAUCAUAUAAAUUGUUAAAAUCUUUUCUUUAAGAAGUGUAAAAUAAAAGGGAAAUAUUUUAGUCUGUAGUGAC